CCCCCACAAUCUUCUUGCUAUUCCAAUCCUUUGACCGACAAGGAUAAAAAUGGGUAUCGGAGAUCGGGAUAAAGAUGAAGAAUCAGUCGCCGAAUUGCCCACAAAAUCCAGAUUCCGAUACAAUUCUCCACUGGUGCAAGUCGUCCUGAUAGGCCUGGUAUGUUUCUGCUGUCCCGGGAUGUUCAACGCCCUCUCCGGCAUGGGAGGAGGUGGCCAAGUCGAUCCCACCGCCACCAACAACGCCAACACCGCCCUUUACACCACUUUCGCUGUGUUCGGGGUCUUAGGUGGUGGCAUUUACAACAUCCUCGGACCUCAUCUCACCCUUGCCUGUGGUUGCAGCACUUACGUCCUCUACGCCGGUUCUUUACUUUACUACAACCACCAUCAACACCAGGGUUUCGUCAUCGCCGCCGGUGCUUUACUCGGCGUCGGAGCUGGACUGCUUUGGGCCGGUGAAGGCGCUAUUAUGACUGCUUACCCUCCACCGAAUCGGAAGGGAUCUUAUAUCUCGCUGUUUUGGAGCAUUUUCAACAUGGGUGGAGUCAUUGGUGGACUUAUUCCUUUCAUUCUGAAUUAUCAUAGAAACGAGGCCGCCUCCGUGAACGACGCCACGUAUAUCGGCUUCAUGUGUUUCAUGACGGCAGGGACUCUGCUUUCCUUUGCCAUUUUGCCACCCGACCGCGUUGUUCGGGAUGACAGUACACGUUGCUCCAAUGUUAAGUACUCCAGUGUCGCCACCGAGGCAAUCGAGGUUCUCAAACUGUUUGCUAAUUGGAAAAUGCUGCUUAUUGUCCCUGCUGCUUGGGCCAGCAAUUUCUUCUACAGCUAUCAGUUCAAUAAUGUGAAUGGUCUUCUUUUCAACCUGAGGACAAGAGGGUUAAACAAUGUGUUCUACUGGGGAGCUCAGAUGUUAGGCUCUGUUGGGAUCGGUUACAUAUUGGAUUUUAGUUUUCAGAGUCGGAGGAUGAGGGGUUUUGUCGGGAUCGGCGUAGUAGCUUUGGUUGGCAGUGCAAUUUGGGGCGGUGGUCUCGCGAACCAGAUUCCUUAUUCCCAUGAUGAUCUACCUAAGAAGCUGGACUUCAGGGACUCUGCUUUUGCCGGUCCCUUUGUUUUGUACUUCAGCUAUGGUUUGUUGGAUGCCAUGUUUCAAAGCAUGGUUUAUUGGGUCAUAGGAGCUUUGGCAGACGAUUCACAAACCCUUAGCAGAUAUAGUGGAUUUUAUAAGGGAGUGCAAAGUGCCGGAGCGGCAGUCGCCUGGCAAGUUGAUUCGCAUAAGGUUCCAUUGCUGUCACAGUUGAUAGUGAAUUGGUCACUCACGACUAUAAGUUAUCCACUGUUGGUACUUCUGGUUAUGCUAGCAGUAAAAGAUGAUAAGUCAGAAGAUGAAAUUGUCAAGGAAGUUGCUUUUCCAUCUUCCAAUAAAGAUGUCACCACUACUGCCAUCUCUACAUAGCUUUAUUUAUCUGUUGUAUCUUCUCCUAAAUUUUCCUGCCAAGAGUGGCUUCUUUUUCUUUUAAAAUUGUUGUAAUGUUUAUGUGACCACGCCAUUGUUUAUCUCCAUUGAAAAGAAAUUUAAGUUGAACUGCUCUUGUGCAAA